GACUCCGGCUCACAACAGGCAAACGCAACAUGCUGUAAAAGAGGCAGGAAGGCACAUUAUCUAUAACCAGACAGCCCUGUCCCAGUUGUCUCCAUCUCCAGCGACCCAAAAUGACCAUUUCAUCCACUCUGUGGACCAUUCAGCCCUGAGGGGGGAGCUGUCACAUCCUCCAGUUGCUCUGUUUGUUCACCUGCACUGGCUUUCUGUGGCCCUGGAAGGGAGGGAGGACAUCUUUGUGCACAUCCAUCGAGGAGGAGUCUGCUGGAGGACUUCCAGUAGCUGCCUGGCCACCGCCUUCUUCCUGCUCCCCCCUCCUCCUCCUCAUCCUCCUCCUCUUCGUCCUCAGCAUCGGCUACUGCAGCAGCAGCGUCCCAGUGCCUCCUGCAUCCAUGAAGAAAGCCCUCAUGCACGGCACCUCCCCGCCACGAUGGGCCGCAAGCUAUUCACUGCGUUGAUGUGUUGAUAUUGAGAUAUUUCAGUUAUGAAAUAUGAAUCAUGCAUUUGAUAUUUCUGGCCACUUUGCUCGUCAGCAUCCUUUCGCUUUGGCUUCAUCCAUCACUAGCGUCAUCCGUUUCUCCAGGAGCAGAGGACAAGGUUGAGAGGGACGCAGUGCCACCACUGCUGGAGCAACAGGCGACUGCAGCACCUGCUACAGACAACACAACACACCAUGCAGUAGAGCAUGUGAUCACCUACCCCUCGCGGUUGAUCUACUACCUAAAUGAGGACUCAGAGAGUACCUACCAUGAUCUGGACACCCGGGCCAAGAACCAAGCCACAGAGGGCCAGGCAGUCCAUCUUGCUCAAGCCAGCUUUCAGUUAGAGGCCUUUGGCGCCAGAUUCGUUCUGGAUCUAACACUGAACACUGACUUGCUGUCUUCAGAUUAUGUUGAGAUCCACUAUGAGGACGGCAAACCUGUUCUGUCAAAGGGCGGUGAGCACUGUUACUACCAUGGCCAGGUGAGGGGGAACGAUGACUCCCGUGUGGCCUUAUCUACCUGCAACGGGCUGCAUGGGAUGUUUGACGAUGGAGUCUAUGUGUACCUAAUCGAGCCCUUACAACAGACUCAUUCAAUCGAUACAGCUGCAAGGCCUCACAAAUUAAGAAGAACAGCCACCCUUCAGUGGAACAAUGAUUCAGAGGAACAGGUGGAGGAGGAGCAGCUCUUCUCAGAGCUGGAUGACUUGUCCUGGCUGAAGCGCAGGAAAAAGCGAGCAAUGCCUCGCAGCGUAUUUGAAGAGAUGAAAUAUAUGGAGAUCAUGAUUGUCAGUGACCACAGUAUGUAUAAACGACACAAGACCAAGCAGCACACAAGGAAUUUUGCCAAGUCAGUGGUGAAUCUUGUGGAUGCUAUCUUCAAAGAGCAACUACAUACUCGUGUGGUGCUCGUCGCUGUGGAGAUCUGGACAGACAAGGAUCAGAUACCCAUCAGUGUGAAGCCACUGGAAAUGCUGCGAGAUUUCUCCAAGUACCGGCAGCAGAGCAUCAAGCACCACGCGGAUGCUGUGCACCUUUUCUCAAAUGUGACCUUCCACUAUCGCAGAAGCAGCGCAGCGUACUUCGGGGGCAUGUGUUCUGUGAGCCGUGGCGUAGGCGUCAAUGAGUACGGCGCCACCUGGUCCAUGGCAGGGUCUCUAUCCCAGAGCCUGGCUCAGAACCUGGGCAUCCAGUGGGACCCGGCAUCCAAGAGAAAGGAAUGCGGUUGUGCUGACACGUGGUCUGGCUGCAUAAUGGAGGACACUGGAGUCCAACACUCACGGAAAUUCUCCAAGUGCAGUAUCUUGGACUACAAAGAGUUCCUUUUGAAAGGUGGAGGCUCUUGUCUGUUUAACAGGCCGACCAAGCUGUUUGAGGCGACUGAAUGCGGCAAUGGAUUUGUAGAGGUGGGAGAGGAGUGUGACUGCGGAGCCAGAGCAGAGUGCUACAAGGAAUGCUGCAAGAAGUGUUCCCUCGCCAACGGGGCACACUGCAGUGAUGGCCCCUGCUGCAAUAACACAUGUCUGUUCUAUCCACGAGGGUACAGUUGCCGCUAUGCUGUGAAUGACUGUGACAUCUCAGAGACCUGCUCUGGGGACUCUGGACAGUGCCCCCUUAACCUUCAUAAACAAGACGGUUACUUCUGCCAGAUAGACCAGGGCCGCUGCUACAAUGGAGAGUGCAAGACCAGAGAGAACCAGUGUAAAUACAUCUGGGGAUCAAAGGCCGGAGGCUCGGAGAAGUUCUGCUAUGAGAAGCUAAACACAGAGGGCACAGAGAAGGGCAACUGUGGAAGGGAUGGAGAGAAAUGGCUCCAGUGUAGCAAACAUGAUGUGUUCUGUGGUUACCUGUUGUGUACCAACAUUGGCCGCAACCCACGCAUCGGAAUAAUGAAAGGAGAAAUCACUCCCACCUCCUUUAACCAUCAAGGCAGGGUGGUAGAAUGCAGUGGUGGCCAUGUCCUUUUGGAUGAUGAGACUGAUUUAGGCUACGUGGACGAUGGGACUCCCUGUGGGCCGUCAAUGAUGUGCCUUGACCGCAAGUGUCUGCCCAUUCAGUCACUCAACAUGAGCACUUGCCCUACUGGACCUAAUGGACACGUGUGCUCUGCCCAUGGGGUGUGCAACAAUGAAGCCACAUGCACCUGUGACACCACCUGGGCGGGGACAGACUGUAGCAUGCCUGACCCGCCUAAAGAGCCUGAGGCCACUCAGGACGAAGGACCCAAGGGUCCUAGUGCCACCAAUCUAAUAAUAGGCUCCAUCGCCGGAGCCAUCCUUGUGGCUGCCAUAGUGCUGGGGGGGACUGGAUGGGGCUUUAAAAAUGUGAAGAAACGGCGAUACGACCCCAACGCCACAGCCAUUUAACCCAAGGAGAGAUGGUAAUCAGAGAUGGACUCCUUCAAGGCUUCCUUUAAUGGGCUACCUGACAGCUGGACUGCACUUAUUGCUGCUGAUCUUUGGCAUUAGAUUUACUUGAAAAAGACAUAGAGGACAUUUUAACAAAUUCCAUCGUAGUGACAUUAGAAAUGCAGCCUUUUCAAACUCCACUUCACCCAUGUAACGCCCACCCCCACCCUGAUCUCUAGAAUGACAGAGCUCCUCUUCCAUUCUUUAGUGCCAGUGCACAGGCGUUCAGGCGGAAUCCACACCACUCUCUCACCUGGCAUGAUUAUCCGCACAAAGCGUGCUGCUUGCUGGCCCCUCUGGCAUGAAGAGCCCUCCCCGCAGGGCUCUGCAUGGCUACGAAAGCUAUGAAUAUACUGCAAAAAAAAAAACAUAUAAAGAGAAAAAAAAUGCAACGCAGGGAAUAACCUCAUUAAAAAGCAAACUCUGUUUUUUUAUAGAUGAUUACGAAGCAUAAAAAAGGCUUCAUGUGAGGACCCGUAAGGGCAGUGCAGACCACAUAGUGAAUGCACACACACAGGUUGCAAAAUUGUACAUAAGAGAGGAGUUCAGGUUUGGAAUUUAACAGCAUAUUUUACAAGGACAUCAAUUGCUUUUGUUUUUUAUCUAAGCAUGUUGUAUAGCGGGUGUUUUUGGCAAUGUUAUUGAAAAAACUGCAAUUGUGAUUCGGGCCAAAAUCGUAACCGCACGCUGCACAGACUGCGAAGGUUACGCAGCUGUGGUGUCGAGGAGAAGCAUGUCAGUUCUAGAGGGAUUCAGACUGAGAUCAGGACAAUUCAACGUCACAAUAUUUCCCCAACCCCCCCGCCCCCACCCCGCAGUGUUUUCAACAGUGACUCAAAAGCCAAAGAACCAAUCACCCUGAACAUAUGGAUGUUGUUGCACACAGAGCACUUUCCCCUCUGUCUGCAGCCAGUGGUGCCUCUCCUACUGCUGAGGGCAUGAAGUCUGUCCAUGCAGGCGCUCACCUGUCCAGCCAGGUCUCACUUAACAGUCCUCAUCAACACCCACUAUACCCAGCUUAGCCUUUUGCUCUCAUAAACUCUUAGUAGAAGUCAAGUUCAGCUCUACUGGUAACGCUGCAUGCAAUCACUAUAGUGGGCUUAUAAUUCUAUAUGGGAGCCCCCAAAAAUCCGCAAGAAAAAUAUACUACAAAAGAUAGGUGCAUGUCAACAACAAAACAUUUAACUUUUAUUUACUAUGCAAAGAGAGAUAUUGCACAAAAGUAUGGGUAAUAAUGAUAUCAACAUAGACAUGGAAUUACAGAAACCUCCGCUAAUCAGCUAAACUUUUGUAUUUGGCCACUCCCACGUCUCGUUUCAUUUCGCUUCAACGUACUCAAACUACGAAUGGACAAAUAUAAAAAAGAACUGGAUUAAUAUUUACAACGAAAAGCGAGAGAGCACCUUUUCUUUUACAUUUGUGGAACUGAAAAUCAUUUUUGUGUGUUUUUUCAUCCAAUCGAUCUGAUAUUUUUAAUCACACACAUGCACACAAAUACACAAACACACACACUGUAUGGUGCCUGUACAUAUUGAGGCCUGAACAGUUUCCUUGUGCAGGGCUAUUAUUUCCAGUCCAGCUGAUAGUUGGUGUGUUCCAGGUGCUGCCAUAGCACUGGCAUUGUUGUAAUCCUCCAUGUUACUCAUCGUCUGGUGUCCCUCUCUCACUGCAUCAUGUACAGUUGGACCGAUGAAUAAACUACAGACAAAUUUUA